CGCGGCUCCGGGGAGAUGGGGGCGGGGCGGGGGGGGCGGAGCCGGUAACAAAGAGGGAGACAGAGACGGAGGAAGAGAGACACAAAGAGGGGGAGACAGAGACUGACAGAGACAGGGACACACAUUGGGCGGGGGUGCAGGCGUGGGACAGGGAUUCCGGCCCCGGGGAGGCCCCCAGCGGUGAGGAAAGCAGAGGUGGUCCAAGCCUGGCCUGGCGCGCCCCGGGUGAUGGUCGCCGGGUCCGAAAGGAGGCGCCACUAGUGCGGGGUGAGGGGGGCGGGGCCGGGGUCAGCUGCUGGGGUCGGGGGACCAGGGGGUGCCGAGGGCUGGACACCUGGCCAUGCUGCUGCUCGCGGCGGCGCCGCCGCUGCUGCUGGUCUUGCUGCUGUGCCGAGGUCGCGCCGGACAGACGCUGUUCCAAAGUCCUGAGGAUGGCUGGCAGCUCUAUACCUCGGCCCAAGCCCCGGAUGGGAAGUGUGUGUGCACAGCUGUCAUCCCUGCGCAGAACAGCUGUUCCCGUGAUGGCCGGAGCAGGGAGCUGAGACAGCUCAUGGAGAAGGUCCAAAAUGUCUCCCAGUCCAUGGAAGUCCUUGAGCUACGGACAUUUCGUGACCUACAGUACGUAAGGAAUACAGAGUCCCUCAUGAGAAGCUUGGACUCGAGGCUCCGGGCAGCCGAUGGGGCCCGAAGCUUGUCAGCCAAGAGUUUCCAGGAGCUGAAGGACAGGAUGACAGAGUUGCUACCCCUGAGCUCAGUACUGGAGCAGUACAAGGCUGAUACAAGGACAAUUGUGCGCUUGCGAGAGGAGGUGAGGAAUCUAUCAGCAAGCCUGGCGGCCAUCCAGGAGGAGAUGGGUGCCUUCGACUAUGAGGAACUACAGCAACGUGUGCUGGUUCUCGAGGCCCGACUCCAUGCCUGUGCACAGAAGCUGGGCUGUGGCAAGCUCACAGGAGUCAGUAACCCCAUCACCAUCCGUGCCAUGGGCUCCCGUUUUGGAUCCUGGAUGACAGACACCAUGGCUCCCAGCGCAGAUAGUCGUGUGUGGUACAUGGAUGGCUACUACAAGGGACGGCGGGUGCUCGAAUUCCGCACUUUGGGUGACUUUGUGAAAGGACAGAACUUCAUCCAGCAUCUGCUGCCACAACCAUGGGCAGGCACAGGCCACGUGGUCUACAAUGGUUCCCUCUUCUACAACAAGUACCAGAGUAACGUGGUGGUGAAAUAUCACUUCCGGUCGCGGUCCGUGCUAGUCCAGCGCAGCCUGCCUGGGGCCGGCUACAACAACACCUUCCCCUACUCCUGGGGUGGCUUCUCCGACAUGGACCUCAUGGUGGACGAGAGUGGCCUGUGGGCUGUCUAUACCACCAAUCAGAAUGCGGGCAACAUUGUGGUGAGCCGGUUGGACCCCCACACUCUGGAGGUCAUGCGGUCGUGGGACACGGGCUACCCCAAGCGCAGCGCAGGUGAAGCCUUCAUGAUCUGUGGCGUCCUCUAUGUGACCAACUCGCACCUGGCGGGGGCCAAGGUUUACUUCGCUUACUUCACCAACACAUCGAGCUACGAGUACACGGACGUACCCUUCCACAACCAGUAUUCCCACAUCUCCAUGCUGGACUAUAACCCUCGUGAACGUGCCCUCUACACCUGGAACAAUGGCCACCAAGUGCUCUAUAAUGUCACUCUCUUCCAUGUCAUCAGCACAGCUGGAGGCCCCUAGGAUCCAGCAUAGGGGGGUGCUUCUGGCGGGGGGGGGGGGAGCCUCUCUCUGUCGCUGUCUUCCUAUUUUGAUCUGUCUCUAUCCUUUCCUCUCAAUCUGUCUCUCUCUGUGUCUCUAUUUCAAAUUCUCUUUUGGUCUGCCUGUUUCUAUUUCAAUCUCUUUCGAUAUCUCUGUGUCUGUCUCGGUCUCUCUAUAACUCUAUCUCUGUUUAUUUCUUGGUAAUUCUGGGUGCCUCUCUUGCUCUGUCUAUAUGCAAGGAUCUAGGGAUCUAGAUAUAGAUGUGGGCCUCCCUCUCUCUGUGUCUCUGUCUCCAUCUCUCCACCAUCCCCUGUCUCAUCCUGCCUAGGGAUUGACUGCAUGAAUCUAUUUCUCUUUUUUAUUUAUUGUUUUUCUUUCUGGCUCAAUAAACAGGAACUUUGACAUUU